GUAGGUGUAAGUGCACGUGUGUGUUUGCAUGUAUGUGAAGUUCGUGUGUUUGUGUAGUAUUUAUUCUGCUCUGUGUAUUCGAGUAGAUCUCCCCCUCCCUUUACCCGUACUUAAAACUGUCGUUUACGGUUUCUACUACCUCGAUUUCAGCUACCAUACAUAUAUAAAGCUCUAAGCAUCACAACUCACCAACAAGCAGAAGCCAAGAAGCAUGUCCGGUGGUGCUCCGCUGCCGCCUUCGCAGAUGCCGCUGCAGAAGGUGCACGAUGUGCAGUUCGAGGUCUUCAAGGAGCGCCAGAUUAAGGCCUACGCGACCUGCCGCAUUGAACACGCCAAGUCCUACGAGCACGGCCAGCCCGUCCGCGGCGGCAUCAACGACCUCCGCAUGGGCACCACCGACUUUGACUUCAGCUGCGAGACGUGCGGGCUGAAGCACCCGGAGUGUCCCGGCCAUUUCGGCUACAUCGAGCUCGCCGAGCCGAUCUUCAACAUCAACGUCUUCGAUGUCGUGCUGAUCGCCCUGAAGUGCGUCUGCAAGUACUGCGGGGCGCUGCUGAUGGACACAAAUGACCCGACGGAGAUGAAGAAAAUCGCUCACGUGCAGGGCAUCAACCGGCUGCGCCUUGUCGCGAAGCUCUGCGGCAGCGUGUGCAAGCGCAGCAAGGACAUCCAGGGCUGCGAGGGCAAGGGCCGCCAGCCCCGCAUUGGGCGCUUCCUCGGCAUCUACCCCGGCCUGCAGGUGAAGGUGACGCAGGAGGAGCAGGAUUACGUGUGGCACGCCGAUAACGCCCGCCAGGUGCUGGACCGGGUGUCGGACAGCGACGCCCUCAUCAUGGGCUUCGACCCCCGCUUCUGCCACCCGCGCGACCUCAUCCUGACGGUGCUGCCCAUCCCCCCUCCGCAGGUACGCCCCGCCGUGGCCUUCGGCUCCGCCAAGUCCGAUGACGAGCUGACGCACCAAAUCAUGUCCAUCGUGAAGCGCAACAUCCAGCUGCGCAAGGACAAAGAGUCUGGCGUGAAGGCGGCCGUCGACCGCUCGCGGGCGCUGCUGCAGGAGCACGUGGCGACCUUCUUCAACAAUGCCUCCACCUUCUACAAGCCGGCGAAGGUGGGUGACACGAAGAAGCUGAAGUCGCUGACGGAGCGGCUGAAGGGCAAGUACGGACGUCUGCGCGGCAACUUGAUGGGCAAGCGGGUCGACUUCUCCGCCCGUACGGUGAUCACCGGUGACCCGAACAUCGACGUCGACGAGGUCGGCGUGCCCUUCUCCGUCGCCAUGACGCUGACGUUUCCGGAGCGAGUGAACGUCAUCAACAAGAAGCGGCUGACCGAGUUCGUGCAGCGCGCCACGUACCCGUCCGCGAACUACAUUAUCCGGCCCAACGGCAACGUGACGAAGCUGGCCCUCGUGAAAGACCGCAGCUCGGUGAACCUGGACGUGGGGGACGUGGUGGAGCGCCAUGUGAUUGACGGCGACGUCGUCCUCUUCAACCGGCAGCCGACGCUGCACCGCAUGAGUAUGAUGGGCCACCGCGUCCGCGUGCUGAACUACAACACCUUCCGCCUGAACCUCUCCUGCACCACGCCGUACAACGCAGACUUUGACGGGGACGAGAUGAACCUGCACGUGCCGCAGUCACUGCUGACGAAGGCGGAGCUGAUUGAGAUGAUGAUGGUGCCCAAGAACUUCGUGUCGCCGAACAAGUCGGCGCCGUGCAUGGGGAUUGUGCAGGACAGUCUGCUCGGCAGCUACCGCCUCACCGACAAGGACACCUUCGUGGACAAGUACUUCAUUCAGAGCGUCGCACUGUGGCUGGACCUGUGGGAGCUGCCCGUGCCGGCGAUCCUCAAGCCGCGUCCGCUGUGGACCGGCAAGCAGAUCUUCUCGCUCAUUCUACCCGAGGUGAACCACCCGGCCUCGCCGUACGACAAGCCGCCCUUCCCGCACAACGACAAGAAGAUCAUGAUCCAGCGCGGGCAGCUGCUGGUGGGGGCCAUCACGAAGGGCGUCGUCGGGGCGGCCCCGGGCUCGCUGAUCCACGUCAUCUUCAACGAGCGGGGCUCCGACGAGGUGGCGAAGUUCAUCAACGGUGUGCAGCGAAUUACGACCUACUUCAACUAUUGCUUCGCCUUCUCGGUCGGGGUGCAGGACACGGUGGCGGAUGCGAGCACUCUGAAGGAGAUGAACAACGUCCUGCACAAGACCCGCCAGUCCGUCGAGAAGAUCGGCGCGGCGGCCAACAACGGCAAGCUGACCCGCAAGGCUGGCAUGAGUCUGCUUCAGUCCUUCGAGGCCGAUGUGAACAGCGCGCUGAACAAGUGCCGUGAGGAGGCCGCCAAGAAGGCGCUGAGCAACGUGCGCCGCACCAACAGCUUCAAGGUCAUGAUUGAGGCCGGCAGCAAGGGCAGUGAUUUGAACAUUUGCCAAAUUGCCGUCUUCGUCGGCCAGCAGAACGUCGCGGGCAGCCGCAUCCCCUUCGGCUUCCGCCGUCGCACGCUGCCCCACUUCAUGUUGGACGACUACGGUGAGACGUCGCGUGGGAUGGCGACCCGCGGGUAUGUGGAGGGGCUGCAGCCGCAUGAGUUUUACUUUCACACGAUGGCCGGCCGCGAGGGGCUCAUCGACACCGCCGUGAAGACCUCCGAUACGGGCUACCUGCAGCGCAAGCUGGUGAAGGCGCUGGAGGACGUCCAUGCCGCCUACGACGGCACGGUGCGUAACGCCAACCAGGAAUUGGUUCAGCUGGCCUACGGUGAGGAUGGGCUCGAUGGGGCGCGUAUUGAGGGCAAUCAGACCUUUUCUAUCCCGCACAUGACGAACAACGAGCUGGCCGACAAGUACCGUUACGAGUACAACGACGAGGGCAGCUUCUCAGAGAACAUGGGUGGCAGCUACAUGGACACCUUUGUGCGAGACUCGCUGCUGCGCGACCCGCAGAGCGUGUCGAAGCUGCACGAGGAGUACAACCAGCUCAUGAAGGACCGUGACAUGUCGCGCCUCAUCAUCGACAUGGAAGAGAAGAACAAGCUCAAGAUGAACUUGCCGGUGAACGUCGCGCGGCUCAUUCAGAACGCACGCACGACGAUGGGCAAGCGCAGCCAGGUAUCGAACCUGAACCCCAUCACCGUCAUUCAUCGUGUGCGGGAGCUGCAGGAGGAUCUGGUACAGCUCUUCCCCUCCUAUCACAAAGACUACAGUGGCCGCUUCUUGAAUGUGCUGAGCCAGCAGCGCGUCGAGCGGGCGCUGACGCUCUUCGGCAUUCACCUGCGCCAGAUUCUCGGCUCGAAGCGGGUGCUGAAGGAGUACAAGCUGAACGACAAGGCCUUCGAGUACUUGCUGAAGGAGAUCCGCACCAAGUACCAGCAGUCCCUCAUCGCCCCAGGCGAGAUCAUCGGCGCUAUCGCCGCCCAGUCGUGCGGCGAGCCGGCCACGCAGAUGACACUAAACACCUUCCACAACGCCGGCAUCUCGUCCAAGAACGUCACCCUCGGCGUGCCGCGCCUGCUGGAGCUGCUGAACGUCAGCAAGAACCAGCGCAACGCGAGUAUCGCCGUCUGCCUCACCCGCGAGUACCAGCAGCGGCAGAAGGCGCAGGAGGCGCAGCAGUACAUCGAGUACUGCACCCUGGCGAACAUCACGACGACGGUGCAGAUCAUCUACGACCCCGACCCGCUCAACACCGUCGUCGCCGAGGACGUGAACAUUCUGGAGUGGGAGCAGGCGGUGAUGAACGAGGAUGAGCGGCUGGACGCGGAGCAGCCCUCGCCCUUCAUCGCCCGCCUCAUCCUCGACACGGAGCUCUUCAACGACAAGCGGCUGAACAUGAAGGACGUGAAGAGCGCCAUUCGGCAGAUGGACGACUCCUACCUGGUGCAGGCGAACCUGGAGAACGACGGGCACCGGGUGGUGCGUCUGCGGCCGCGCAAGUGUGCAGGGGCCGACUCGGUCCCUGAGCUGACGAAGGCGGUCGCGCAGCUGCUGCAGAACGUCCACCUGCGCGGCAUUCCCGGCAUCAAGAAGACGCUGCUAAAGGAAGGCACCACCUUCAGCGUGGACCCGGCCACCGGCGGCAUCGUGAAGGAGUCGAGCUGGAUGGUGGACACGGAGGGCACGGCGCUGCAGCGCAUCUUUGUCGGUGUGGUGAACCACCAGGGCGUCAACAUCGUCGACUUCGCCAAGACGAGCAGCAACAAGAUUCCGGAGAUCGCGACGGUGCUGGGGAUUGAGGCGGCGCGGCGCAAGCUGCUCUUCGAGCUGCGCGAGGCCUACCUCGCCUACGGCUUGAACAUCAACUACCGCCACUACACCAUCUUGGUGGACACGAUGUGCCAGCGCGGCUAUCUGAUGGCGGUCAGCCGCACCGGCAUCAAUCGCAGCGAGACGUCCGGCCCCCUCAUGCGGUGCUCCUUUGAGGAGACGGUGAAGGUGCUCAUGGCUGCGGCGGCCUUUGGGGAGAAGGACCCGGUGCGGGGCGUGUCGGCAAAUCUCGUCCUGGGCAACCAGGCCCGCAUCGGCACUGGCCUCUUCGACUUGAUGCUGGACAUGAGUAAGCUGCAGCACGUGGUGCCGCUGGACAAGGCGACGGAGGGGCGCACGUCGAACGUGUACCACACCGAGGCCUCCGUCGCACCCGGGUCGUCGAUGCAGGGCCUGCACAGCGACCUGCCGCCGUCGACGGUGCACGAGAACAGCUCCAUCGGCAUCGGGGCCUCCUCCGUCUACCCGCGGCAGGGCGGUGGCGCAGGCGGCGUGGUGGGCCCCUACGCUGGCAUGGCGAUCGAGGCGAGUCAGGUGCUCUUCAGCAGCGUGCUGCACCCCAGCAUGGGCGCCGCGCUGGCUGCCUCGAACACGAGCGACUACCACAGCAGCCAGCACCUCUCCGGGGCCUCUACCUACGUGGCGUCGUCAAACAUGGCGAGUGUGAGUGCCCUGGAUGUGGAUCUGUCGUCCUAUCACUUGCAGUCGGUUGCCCCGACCUUCCAUGGAGGAGCCGGUGGCGGCUACGGGUCGCUGCCAGGGGGGAUGCCCAUGCCGGGGGCGCCGGCGAUCGGCGGCAGAGGUCAGCCCUACCCCUUCGAGGACUCAAACGGUAGUCUGAGCGGCCUCGCGGGUGCGCUGAGUGGGGUGGCGAACUCUCGCGCCAGCGCGCCGUACGACCCGAAUCAGCCGUCGCACGACUUCUCACCGACGGAGGAACAGGAGGAAUAA